AUUGUAGAGGUUUUAUAAACAAAAUAAUUUACCCUAACCACGCUCAUAUGAUGUAAAGAAAUUCAUAAGUUGGGCAUACCUUUAUGAGUAACAUGUCCAAACGUGGGAGGCGUGAUGCGGUUUCCAGCAGUACAGGACGUGGCUUCAGUCGUAUGUCUUCGGAUAGUGUAUGGGAAACACAGGGAGGGUACAUGGCGGCCAAGAUGCAGAAGCUCCAUGAUCAGCAUAGAAAGGAUACGAAGCCUGGGGAAAAUACCAGUAACAUAUUCAAGGGAGUGGCUAUUUAUGUUAAUGGGUAUACAAAGCCGUCGUCUGAUGAGCUGAAGCGUCUGGUUUUGUCCCACGGAGGCCAAUAUGAACACUACCUUUACAAGACAAGGGUCACUCAUAUCAUCGCCACUAACCUCACUAACAGUAAGAUCAAGGACCUGAUGAAGAACGGCAAGGUUGUCAGGCCAGAGUGGAUUACAGACAGCAUUAAGGCUGGUCGUUUGUUGUCAUAUUCCCAGUAUCUGCUGUACACAGCUCAGGGAGGACGGCAGCACGGUCUAGAAACCUUCUCUACCCACACCAUCACUCAUCACAGCAGCACUAGUGUUGACACGAAUAUGUCACGUUUUGAUGAUAAUAGAGACAUUUCUGUGGGUAGGAGUGCUUCUUCUCAUAGCAGUUUAGAUUCUGCUUCAAAAGAAAUGGAGAACUCAGAAUUAUAUUUUGAUGAAUUCAAAAGGAAAAAGAAUAAUGGGAAAGAGGCAGAAAAUCUGACUGAAGAAGUCAAUGGUUAUUUGAAGGACCAAGGUUUCGACCCACAUCUGAAUAAAUUUAUUGACCACAAACCAAGGGAAGUAAUGCUCAGUAACAGUGUAGCCCAGGAGGACAACAGUUUCAGAGUGACCUCCCCUGGAGCAAGUAAUGCUGUGAAUGGUCAUGGAACAUCAAACUCCAAACAAACUGGAAUGGCCAGGGCAGGAGAACCAGCUUUUUUAAAUGAGUUCUAUUCUAAUUCUCGUCUUCAUCAUCUCUCCACAUGGAAGUCAGAAUGGCGUGCCUAUGUGAAGACACUACAAGGCCAUAGUUCAGAUUUUUCUGGGAGGAGUAAAUUGAUAGAGGUAGUCAACAGACAACACCAGGAUAUGAAAAGCAUGCUGGGAAAUGGACAUCAUUUGGGAACAAAGCUAUGUGGGAAACCAUCACGCAUCAUUAUGCAUAUAGACAUGGACUGUUUUUUUGUGUCAGUUGGUCUAAGGAAACGGCCAGAUCUGCGAGGGAAGCCAGUGGCUGUUACUCAUUCCAGAGGACAAGGAAUGAAGGCCCCCGUACCUGGGUCAAACCCCGCCCUCGAACGACAGCAAUGGGAACUCCGACGUAAUCAGGGAGGGAAAAAGGGAAGGAAGCGUGCCACACAACUCGUACAACCUGUGUUAGAUGAGGGUAUAGAGGUAGAUGAUGAAGAAGAUGAUACUGUUGAUGAUGAGAUGGUUGUUCCUGAAGCUGCUCAGGAGAAUUCAGAAUCCUUCCACUCUAUGGCAGAGAUCGCUUCCUGUAGCUAUGAAGCUCGACAGUCUGGCGUUCGUAAUGGGAUGUUUAUGGGGAAGGCCAGACAGCUGUGUCCAGGACUGCUCACUAUUCCAUAUGACUUUGAUGGCUACCAGGAAGUAUCCAAAGUUCUGUACGACACUGUCGCAAGGUAUACACACGACAUUGAGGCGGUCAGUUGUGAUGAGAUGUUAGUGGACUGUACAGACCUGUUGUCCACUACCGGGGCAGGACCACUGGACUUCGCCUCACUCCUCCGACAGGAACUUGUGGACAAGACUGGCUGUCCUGCCUCAGCUGGCAUGGGAUCCAAUAUACUAUUGGCCAAGAUGGCUACAAGGAAAGCCAAACCUAACGGUCAAUAUUAUCUCCAAUCAGACGAGGUGCUGGACUUCAUCAGUGAGCAGACUAUUCAGAAUAUUCCAGGUGUUGGUUGGUCCAUGUCCAAAAAAUUAAAAAGCAUGAACAUUGAGAAAUGUGGAGAUCUGCAAAAGGUGUCACUAGGGGUCCUCCAGAAGGAGUUUGGACCAAAAACUGGCCAAUCACUGUACAGAUACUGCAGAGGAGAGGAUGAUCGGCCAAUCAAAAUUGAGCAGGAGAGGAAAUCUGUAUCUGCAGAAAUAAACUAUGGCAUCCGCUUCAAACAUAAUGGUGAAGCAGAUAAAUUUCUGUCAGAUUUGUCUGAGGAAGUUCACACACGUCUGAGAAACAUUGACAGGAAAGGGAAGACGGUCACUCUUAAGGUCAUGGUCAGGCGAGAGGAUGCCCCUGUGGAAACGUCCAAAUUUAUGGGUCAUGGUAUCUGUAACAACCUGUCCAAAUCAGUCACAUUACCCAUGGCAACCGACGACCCAAAGAUUAUCUCUCGGGAAUGCAUCGGAAUAUUACACAAUAUGAAGGUCAAGGCGAAUGACCUUCGCGGCAUCGGCAUUCAGCUCCAGAGGUUGGAACCAAGCACUCUCGGGGGUCAAAGGUCAACUAAAGGGGCUCAAAGCAUCCUCAAUUUUACAGUAUCUAAACAAACAUCACCAAAAGAAAAUGUAUCGAAAUCCAAAACCACAUCAGCAGCCACACUUAAUCUUGGUGACCUUGACCUCCAAUCAUCUACUGAAGGUCGCACAAAUAUAAUGAGGCAGGAAGGAGAUGUAGACUUGAGUGACCUACCUGACCAAACAGAUCCUGUACAUGGUCCUGGUGAUGUGGGUAAUGACUUCCUUGGUGGAUAUUGUCAUAACAUUGUGGAUGAGUUGUCCAGGAGAAAGACAGCUAAGAGGUUUCUCCCUCCUCUGCCUUCCCUACCUGAUAUAUCCGAGUCUCCUCCGGACAAAGCUGGCGGCGGUGUUGGAAAAGACAGCACAUCUGGAAUCAACGAUUAUUUCCCUUCUCCCUCACAGAUAGACCAAAGUGUACUUAAUGAACUCCCACCAGAUAUCCGCAGACAAAUUGAGAAGGAAAUGGUUUCCAGAAGUAAAAAGGAUACACAGAGGAAUCCGGCCAAUCAGAAUACUCCAUGUAGCAGCAAAAGUAACAAGAUAAGGCCCACUGUUGAUGAAAGGCCAGGAUGCUCUCAUUGGUCACAUGAUACCGAUUCAGCCAAUCAAAAUGGUGGUUUGAAUAGUUCUUUACAAGUUGCAGAUACCAUGCCAUCACCAUCACAGAUUGACCCCAGUGUUUUGAGGGAGCUACCCCCAGACAUCCGGAGACAAGUGGAGAAUGACAUGGCCAUCAGAAAAGGACAGAGCAGUCAUUCAGCCUUGGGAGUGGAACCUUCAGUCAGCGGUAAAAAACAUUCAAGCGGUGAAAAUAAUUCGUCCUCCCAUGAUAAAGAGUCUGUAGCAAACCUACGUACAUGUACUUAUAGGUCAGGACAAACACCAAACAGUGACAACACCAGCGAUACAGCUAUUGUACCUCUGCCUUCUUUAUCACAGUUAGAUGAGAGUUGUCUGAAUGCUCUACCCAAAGAGUUACAGAAUGAGAUACGAGAAGCGUAUGUAAGACAGGAAAGUGAAGAAAUCACUAGAUCCCAUAGUGCACCAACCCUUAGUCUUCAACAGGCCUCCUCUCCGUCCAAACGAUCACCAAGAAAGACCCACUCUCCUGGCAAGUCACACUCACCAGGGGCAAAUAAAAGGAGUCCCAAUUUCAAAGUUCCACGGGCUAAACCAAAAAGGGGUAGACCAAAAAAACUUGAAUUUCAAAGUCGACGUCAGCCAAAAAUUACAUCAACAGUUGGCAAAAAACAGGCAGAAUCCAGAUUGAAGACACUGAAUGACGACUUACCUACACUUGAUACAGUGGAUCAAUCUGCCCAAAAGGUCAGCCACAGCAUCCACAGCGAUGAUACAACCGGUGAACCUGAUGACAUCAUAUCCGACAGGACUGAAUCAUCCAAUCAGGAGACUGUCAACUUGUGUGGUGCAGUGACCAUCGCAGAGGUACGCACCCUGCUGAGAGAGUGGCUGACAUCUUCUCCAGCACCAGAGCAGGAAGAUGAGGAGGUAAUGCUCACCUACUUACAGGACCUGGUUCUCGACAAGAAUCUGGAACAAGUCGACCUGGUCAUUCGGUUCCUUAGUAGACAUAUUGAGCGCCUGAAGAAUGAACUAUGGGAAACGGCAUUUGAACGCAUUGUUCAGCAUAUACAAUGUGUUGUACAGGCAACUUAUGGCAGCACGUUAAAACUACCAAAUGCAAGGUGUCCAUGAUGAGUUAAGACUGCAUGUUUACAAAGGCUACUGCAAACUGUACAACAGAUUUUUUUUUGAUAUACAAUGUAUUUAUAAUAAAUUAUUUGUAUUUA